UAUGUCUUCAUUUCUCCUGCAGAGAGACGUGACGGUGACAAAGACUUUGAUUCGCCACUUCUGAAAGGUGGCAACAGACUGGUGGUGAGGGCCGGCAGUGACGUCGUUUUACCGUGUUCCUUCAGCACUAAGAACAACAUCGAACCGAUUCGGUUUGUCUGGAGGAAAAAUGGUCGACAGGAGGUGUUUCUGUACGACGCCGGCAAUCAUUACAAUAAUGGACGUCAAGGUCAAGACGAGCAGUUCAAAGGACGAGUGUCUCAUUUUCCAGAUGAACUAAUUAACGGCAACGCCUCCAUCAUCAUCAGAAACACACGACAGUCUGACAGUGGAAACUACACCUGUGAUUUCCUGCAUAUUCAUCAAAGAUUCCACAUUGAGCUUCUUGUUGGUGUGUCUCCAAGGCCCAUUACCACUCUUCAUGAAAGAAGUGAUGGAGUGCUGCUGCAGUGUGAAGUUCUUGGUGCUUCUCCAAAACCUGUAGUCGAGUGGUGGGACAGUGAUGGAAACAUCCUUCCUGCUCAUCAACCAACGAUCACAGAAAGAGGAGGAAACAAAUAUGACGUUAUCCUCAAUGCUACUGUGACCAAGAGCGGCGACUAUCGCUGUGUGUCCACACAGAAGGAAAUCUACAGUCAGAUUUAUACUGAGACGUAUGCCCCUGGUCCUGGUGAGUUCUAUUUAAAUAUUUUCUUAUUGACUGUGUCUUAA